AUGAUCAUGGACUCUCCAUCUGAUCUGCGAACUCCUAUACCUGAAGGGCGAGGUGGAUUGGAGGAUAUGGCCAUGUCUCCUUUUCCAGCUCCUCUGCCACCAAGAUCUCCAUGGAAAAAGCUCAGGAGAGACUUUGAGUCGGGAAUCGCACCGUACGACGUCAACUGGACCAGUGGAGAGCUGUUCCGAUUCGACCAGAUCUCGAGCGACAAGGGAGAGUCUUCAUCCAUCUUGGGGGAGGGAGGUCGACUGUCCCUCGGUAUGCUCGACCUGAGUGGAGCGUCGGAUGGCAACUUCAUCGGCUCUGACCUCAGCACUGAGGAGAGGUUCGAGUCAGGCAACGUGUCUCCCAACGGCCAUCAUGCAGCUCAGAUCGAUACGCUGGACUCCUCCAACUCUCCUUCCCCGAACCGCAGGCAUCGCCACGUCGUCUUGUCCUCGCCAGACUCAAGACGUGGCAAAAAGCAUCUCGAACAGAAAUCCUCGCCGGGAUCGAGCCUUGACACCUCAUCGGGUUCAGGAAACAACAGUUCGAUGCUCAGCACGAUGCAGACAGCAAAUGCCAUCAGGCGUUUUCGCCCACCAUCUCCCUCUCACUCCGACUCUCCCCUACACCCACAGAGACUUUUCAUUCCUGGAGUGCAUGAUGCAGAGAAUUCCAAACCAGCUGGCAGUGACGUGGUCAAUGCUGUGAACAAUACAUGGCAAGUCCCAACUUCGUCUACAAGGCGUCAAAGUGCGCCAGUUCCCGAUACAAGCACGCAUCGCGGUCAGAUGAUGCAGGAUGUUGCUGGGAAUAGACUCAGGCAGAACCCCUUCAGCUCUCGGUAUUCUCCAUACACUGAAGCCACCCCGUUCACCUCAUCACCUCUUACCCUUCGGUCCUUUCUCAAUGACUUCUGUGACUUUAAAGAAAUUGGAAGUGGCUGUUUCGGAAAAGUUUACAGUUGCACCAGGAAGAUUGAUUUGUGCAAAUAUGCUGUGAAGGAAAUACGAGAAUUUAAAAAUGAGAGAGAAAGGGAGAGAUUGCUUCGUGAGAUUUAUGCAUUGUCAACUCAAGGAGACAACGUUCAUGUCGUCAGAUAUUUCAAUGCUUGGGAACAAGAUAACAAGUUGUACAUACAAACAGAAUUAUGCCAAGGAACUGUGGCGCAUGUUCGCCAAAAGAAUGGACCUCUCCAUGAAGAAUAUCUGAAGGACUUUUUGGUGCAAGUUGCUACAGGACUUGCAUACAUGCAUUCCCAUAAGAUAGCACACCUUGAUGUGAAGCCCGAAAAUAUUUACACCACUGAAAGAGGAAUGUUCAAGCUCGGAGAUCUCGGGUUAGCAUGCAGUGCCGACCUGAGAACACACGAUGAAGAGGGCGACAAGCGCUACCUGAGUAGAGAAAUGCUGCAGCACAGUGAGUCUUGCGAUCUGUUCAAGGCUGACAUCUUUGCGCUGGGAGUUUCUGUCGUCGAGUUAGCGUCUGUAACACCGUUGCCCACAGAAGGUUCGGACUAUCACAGAAUUCGAGAUGGCAAGGUGGACUUCCCUCCCUCUCUUUCUCCUCCCUUCCAGGCGCUCAUCCAAUCUCUCCUCGACCCCAACCCUAUGAAUCGGCCGUCCGCCAGCGACAUCGUGAGGCAUCCGCUCCUCUUCGGUCUUAUCAGGAACGAGUCUGUCGCUUGCUUGCGCGUGAUUCCUCGCUGCGAGCAGCGAGACCUGGGCAACCUGAUGGAACUUGGGUUGGAGUCAAAGUCAGUCGUCAAGCUCCACCAACGGGCGCUCAAGGCCGAGAAGGAGGUUCAACGUCUGCAAGCGAGCCUCACCCUAGUGCAGCAGGAACUUCAGCUGCUCAAACGGCUGAAAUCUCCAGCUGCCGCUGCAGGCGCAGACAAGAAUGUCGAACCAGAGACGGCAGGAUGA